CUUGUAGAGGUCACAGACCCCCCGCCCACUACAUCUACAUGCACAACGCUUGAUGUGAUUGAUAUACACCCAACUCCACAACCAUAGAGUGAGUGAGUAAUCAUGACGCCAAUUGCUCUCCUGUUCGCCAUGAUGAUGGCGAUCGCUGUAUCGGCAGCGGAGCCUCCGUUUUCAUGCGCACAUACACCGCCGCCAUACCCAUUCUGCAACACCACUCUACCGAUAUCCGAACGCGCUAACGACGUCGUUUCACGGCUUACCUUAGACGAGAAAGUAUUACAGUUGGUGAACGGAGCACCGGAGAUUCCUCGCCUUGGGAUCUCCGCCUAUGAGUGGUGGUCGGAGGCCUUGCACGGCGUCUCUAGGCACGGCAAGGGUGUCACAUUUAACGGAACCAUUACCGCCUCCACCAUGUUUCCUCAGGUUAUUUUAACGGCCGCUUCUUUUGACUCACGUCUCUGGUACCGCAUCGCUCAGGCAAUUGGGGUAGAAGGAAGAGCACUGUUCAAUGAGGGUCAAGCAAGAGGGCUAACAUUUUGGGCACCAAACAUCAAUGUGUUAAGAGACCCAAGAUGGGGAAGAGGACAGGAGACACCCGGUGAAGAUCCAUUAGUGGUCGGAGACUAUUCGGUUUCAUACGUCAGAGGGAUUCAAGGCGACACCUUUGAAGGCGGAACAAAUUCUGAUAUCCUGCAAGCUUCCGCUUGCUGCAAACACUUCGUUGCUAAUGAUCUAGAUAACUGGAAAACCUUUGAUCGUUACAACUUCAACGCCAAUAUAACUCAACAAGAUCUAGCAGAUACUUUCUUACCACCAUUUCAGAAAUGUGUACAACAAGGGCAAGCCACUGGGAUCAUGUGCGCUUACAAUCGAGUGAACGGUGUACCAAAUUGUGCUGAUUACAACCUUUUGACCAAAACAGCUCGACAAGCUUGGAGUUUUAAAGGGUACAUUGCCUCUGAUUGUGAUGCAGUUGCCAUUAUGCAUGAUGUUCAAGGAUACUCCAAAUUACCCGAAGAUGCCGUUGCCAGUGUUCUUAAAGCAGGGAUGGAUGUCAACUGUGGUUCAUAUCUGAAGAAAUACACCAAAUCAGCAGUCCAAAUGAACAAAUUAACAGAAGAAGAAGUAGAUAGAGCUCUAGAGAAUCUAUUUACAAUCAGAAUGAGAUUAGGCUUGUUCAAUGGGAACCCAAAAACCGGCAUUUAUGGCAGCAUCGGACCCGAACAAGUGUGUUCCAUAGAACACCAGACCCUAGCCCUUGAAGCCGCCCGUAGCGGGAUCGUGUUGCUGAAAAACUCACCUAAUAGUCUCCCACUUUCAAAAACGGAAACCACGUCAAUUGCUGUCAUUGGACCUAAUGGUAACACCACCGGAACAUUGCUCGGUAACUACGAGGGUUUGGCGUGCAAAAACAUCACGGUUCUUCAAGCACUCGAAAACUAUGUGGAAAACACACAGUUCCACCAGGGGUGUGUUGAUUCUGUGAAUUGCACAUCUGUCGACAUCGAUGAAGCUGUGGGAGUAGCAAAAGAGGUUGAUUUUGUGAUUUUGGUGAUGGGUUUGGAUCAGAGUCAAGAAAGGGAGAAACAUGAUCGGCUCGAACUGGGUCUUCCCGGGAAGCAAGAGGAUCUUGUUUUGGCUGUGGCUCAAGCCGCUAAAAAUCCGGUUAUUUUGGUUUUGGUUUGUGGCGGUCCGGUGGAUGUUUCGUUUGCUAAAAGUGAGGCAAAAAUUGGGAGUAUUUUGUGGGCUGGUUACCCUGGUGAAGCUGGUGGGACCGCACUUGCUGAAAUCAUUUUUGGUGACCAUAAUCCAGGAGGAAGAUUACCAAUGACAUGGUAUCCCAAAGAAUUUUCAAAUGUAGCAAUGACGGAUAUGCGAAUGAGGCCCGAUCCGUCAUCGGGCUACCCGGGACGUACAUACCGAUUCUACACCGGGGAAACGGUUUACAAUUUUGGAUAUGGGCUUAGCUACUCAACCCAUUCCUACAAGUUUGUUUCGGGUACCAAAAACAAGAUUUUUAUUAACAGGAACCAAGCAUCGCAUAUCACCCCCUCCGGUGAAGUGUUGGUUUCAAGGGUUGGGGUGGAGUUGUGUGAGAAAGCGAAGUUCACAGUGGUGGUUGUGGUCCAGAACCAUGGGCAGGCGAGUAACCACACGGUGUUAUUAUUUGGAAAGUGGGGUGGUAAGGAUUCGAACGGACAUUUGAACAAACAGUUGGUGGGGUUUCAGAGAGUGAGUUUAGGAGCAAUGGGAAGACGUGACGUUAAGUUCGUUGUGAGGCCUUGUGAGCACUUUAGUAGGGCUAAUGAAGAUGGGUUGAUGGUUAUGGAAGCAGGGUCUCAUUCACUUGUUGUGGAAGAUGAAGAGUAUAUCAUUGAUAUUGUAAUGUGAUUGAUAUGAUCAGUAGAAUGUCUAUCAUACCUUUCAUUGUUAAAAACAGACUAACAAACAAACAAUCUGAUACUUUCCGACCGGAAGAUUAACGGUGAAUAAACAAGAUUUUAGCAAA